AUGGUCGAACCCCUGCCCUACCCUUCCUCACUCCCACUCAACCCUUGCCCCGCCCCUGCCAACCAUGUCCCACCCCUGCCCACACUUGCCCAACCCCUGCCACCCUUCUCCACCCCUGCCACACCUUCCAAACCAUGCUCUGCCUGCAAAAUCCUGCUAAAGCUCUUCCCCCAAUACUGCCCUAUCCUUGUCCAAUCCCUACCCAAUCCCUACUCAAACCACCAUGCCUCACAAUGUCCUACCUCUACCGUACCCCUGACCCAACCCUUACCUUCUCCUGACCCACUUCCCCGGCCCAUUCCUGUUAAACCUCUGCCCCACUCCUUGCACCACCCCUGCGUCCCCUUCCCACCCCUGCCUCCCCUUCCCACCCCUGUCCCAAUCAAGCCCCACCCCUGCCCCACCCAUACUACUCCCCUGCCUUACCCCUGCCACACCCCUGCCUUACCCAUGCCCCACCACAGCCACCCCAGCCCAAUCCCCAGCCAUGCCAUUCUACCCCUGCGUCCCCUUCCCACCCCUGCCUCCCCUUCCCACCCCUGUCCCAAUCAAGCCCCACCCUGCCCCACCCAUACCACACCCUUGCCACACUCCUGCCUCCUUACUCAUCCCUGCCCUACCUCUUCCCCACCCUUGUCACACCACUGCCCCACCUCUGCCCCACCUCUACCCCAUCCCUGUUCAACCCCUGUUUAA